AUGCCGGCUACUUUACAAUCUGCCGUGCGCCAUAGUAUUAGUACAUCACCUACGAGAACAGACCACUAUCCAUACUCGCCAAACGGUAUGGGUAGUUUUAAUAACGAUGAAAGGGGUGGUUACAGUAGACAGGGCGCCACUACUAAUUCUAAAAAUAAUCCCACCAGCAUGUAUAACACAAUGUCAAUUCUUUGGAAGGAACAAAAUCCAAUUCUACAAAAUGAACAAAGGAACCUAACUACAAUCAAAGGAGCAACGAAGGCUGCCCAAUCAUCAACUAGACCUUCAACUCCACAUAAUAAUCGACAAAAGAACACCGUUGAAAAGAAAAAGCCAAAUGUUCAGGCUCCCCCCAGUAAAACAACAACGGUUAAAAAGACAAAAAAUGAUUCACCACCAGUUUCCCCACCACCAAGUUUAAAACAAAAGUCUUCUGGUGCUACUAAUGGUCAGUCAUCCACUCGUCCUGAAAAAAGGCCAGUUACCCCACAUGCUACUCAACCCGCAGGCAUCUUGAAGGCUGAUAAAAAGAAAAUUGAUGCGGUCUCUUCAAAAGCAUCAACUACGCAAAAUGCUCGUCGACCAGCUUCUCCCCCCGCUUCAGCCGCUCAUUCCGCUCACUCUCGUUCCCACGUAAGUGCCGCCUCGGCCUCUCAUUCCGCUCACUCUCGUGCUCAUGUACGUGCGGCUUCUCCCCCCGCUUCAGCUGCUCAUUCAGCUCACUCUCGUUCCCACGUACGUGCUGCCUCUCCUGAGAGUGCUUUGCGUCAAGAAAAUAGAAAAUUGAGGAGACAAUUGGAGGAUCAUGAAGACUUGUUACGUGAAAGGGAUUCCGAAUUGUUAGAAUAUCAAGAUCUCGUUGAAGCGUUUCAGGAACGCAUUCGCCAAGUUGAAGCUCGUAACCGUGAAUUAAAAUUGGAAAAUGACAUCAUGAGAAAUUAUAUUGAGGAGGAGAAGGCAAAGAAGGAAUCUAUUGUCAAUGAACCAACCAGGAUGAUUAGCUCUGUGGUGAAUAAUAUCCAAAGAAUUCGUGGUGAAUCUGCUUCCUCCGUAUCUGUUGCAAAAUCUCCUUUGGAUGUUAAUUCCUCCAAAUCUUCAUCACCAAUUCCUUCUGAUUCCCCCAUGACAUCUCCAAAAACUUCUUUUGUCACGUCAAAAUUGAAGUCUCAGGAGCUCUUAAAAGCCAAUAACCCUACAAAGGUUAACAAUAGCCCACCCAUUCGCCCUCAUGUGGUUUCCCAGGCUCGUGGGAAUUUGAUCCCGGCUAAUAAGAAAACGCCUCCUCAGGAUGAACUGCAUCCGCCGAGACCUACUGCGCCAUCUCCGGCCGCUAUGAAUCGUCAUGAGCCUUCGAUGGUCGGUGGGAGAAACGAAAUGUUAAAUAGAAAUGUAGAAUCUCGUGAUCGUCAGGCUUUGGGUCUCAUGAGAAAACAAAAUGCUGCUUUAAACGCUGUCAUGGAAGAAUCUGAAGAUAGCGAGGUCGAUGAGUUUAUUUUUGAACAAGAGAACGACGACGCCGAAAAUGACAGUCCUGACGACGAAGAUGAUGAAUCUGUCAGCGAUUUUGAUAAAUGGUCAACUCAUGCUUCAUCUAAACACGACUUGGAUGCCAUCGUCGAGGAAGAUGAUGAAGAUGAAGACGAUGAAUUUGAUUAUGUACCACCCCAACCAAAAACUUGUCAACAAAAAAAUUGGACUCCCGUUAACCCGAUCGAACCCCAUUUUGCCACCGUUGCUAAGGUUGCCUCGGCUGGUACCACCCCCCCUAAAAAUUUUGCGGCCAACGUCUCCGGUACUCCCAACAAUGAUAAAUCCUCACAACGUCGCGUCAAUAGACGUUUUCAUGUAGACUCCAUCGGCUCUGAUUCCGGUAUCGGAAGUGCUCAUGAGGAAAUUUCUAGUGUUAAAAUUUCAUCGGCUUCUACUAAAGGUCAAAAUGGUCAAACUGUCAAUAACGGUCAAUCGGUCUUUCCUUCAUCAUCGGUUUCUUCAAAGGUUAAUGGCAAAGUUUCAACCCAAAAACAACGAUCGCAACAACAACAAAUUAAUGCUCAAGAUUAUUUCUCCAAUGGUCAUCCUUCUUAUCACCCACAUCGGGAUUCAAUGUCAUCUGUUAACUCCGAUUCAUCUGACGAUUCUGCUUCAUUCUCGGUUUCUUCCUCUCAAAAUAACUCUUAUCCAUCUUCGGUCACCUCUCCAUCAUCCACACGAACUGAUUCUUUUACUUCUCAAAAAUUUGCUAACGAUUCAUAUGGUCAAUCAUCCUCUCAAAACUCCAACUCUUAUAACAACGGCAUGGCUCAAAAUAAAAAUCCGAUCAAAAAUGGUUUAAAUGAUAUCUAUCCAACCUCGGUCACCACUACUCACUCUGAUAAUUCUGCUGAUCAUAACAAUUAUGUACAAUCCAACAACAAAUUUGUCACCUCUCACACUUCUGCUUUUAAAAACGGUAUUUCUUCUUAUACGACAAAAAACUCCAUUAAAACUGAUAAUCAAUUCAACUCGGUCUCAAAAUCUUCAUCUGGUCAUGAUAAUUAUAAUAACGACAAUGCCCCGGUUACUCGUCUUCCAUCCCCAACUUUUGCUACAACGGCUCGUCUUUCCGGCUCAUCAGUUAAUCAUCAGUUAAACACCAAACGAUCAAACCCAAACUCCCGUGCUUCUACACCAAGUUCAAAUGCUUCAACUGCUCGAGCAAAAUCACCGGCUUCUGCUUCAACAUCUCGAGCUUCGACUCCUGCUUCUGAAUCUAGUCGAAAUGCCUCUGGUUAUACCCGUAAACCUCGUCAAAACUCUAACGAUUCCGACUCAUCAUCUGAUAACUCUUCAACUGCUGUUCCCCCUUCACCUCCACCUCAACCAUUGGCCAAUAACGACAAGGAACCUUUUGCCACUUUGCAACAUUAUCUUCGCUUGAUUUCUGAAAACAGUAUCGUAGAAGAUCCACUCAAAACUUACGAUAUUAAAAAAGUUAUCGAUGAAGGUUCAUCUGCAAAGGUCUAUAACGCUCACCCAUUAUCUAAUCCCAGUGAAGAAUGUGCAAUCAAGAUUGUCCCCCUCUCCUAUUCUUUGGAGUUCAUCUUCAAUGAAAUUUAUGUGCUUAAGAAUCUCAAGCACAAAAAUAUCGUCGAUUGCAAAGAAAGCUUCUUACGCUGGGAUGGCAAAACACGCGAAGUUUGGAUUGCAAUGGAAAAGUGCGCCCGUGGAGAUGUAACAAAUCGUGCUGGUAAAAUUACCCAACGGGAAGUUGGACGCAUUGCCGGCGAGCUCUUGAGCGCGUUGAAACAUUUACAUGCCAAUGGGGUCAUUCAUCGUGAUAUCAAACUUUCAAACAUUUUGGCCGAUGCAAACAAUGAAAUAAAAUUAGCUGAUUUUGGUAUUUCGUCUUUGACCCCUACUUCGACUACCGCAAUGGUUGGCACGAUCCCAUACAUGGCCCCUGAUGUUGUUCUCGUUGGACCUGACCGACCCUAUGAUACCAAAGUUGACAUUUGGGCUAUAGGUGUUUGCAUUUUAGAGCUUUUAACUGGUAAGGCCGCCUGGGGACGCAUCCGCGAUGACGAAAUCAUGGACAAAUUGCGCCGGGGUGAAAUGCCAUACGGUUUUCAUCGUCUCCGAAAGAAAGCCGAUAUUGGAUGGGAAGCCGUUGAUUUCUUGGAAAAAUGUUUUGCAAGGACCCCCGAAAAUAGAUGGUCCGCCGAGAAAUUGUUGGAGCAUCCCUUCAUCACUGGCAAUCGCAAUUAA